AUGAUUUACCUGCACGGAAAGAAUCGCCCGAUCGGCAUUAAGGAAGAGGACGUAAACGAUGAGAAUUACCUCCUCAUAAAAAACAUUUUGAAAGAAGAACAUGUGCAUGUGCACAGCUGGAUAGAAGUCAGUCUGGUGUACUAUAAGAAGAAAUACUAUAAGCUUUUUUUGGACCUCACGAAGGAGGGGGAAAUUUUUUACCUCUCCGAAAAUGAGGACAUAUUGGGGAAGAAGAAGAAGACGGAAGGGGGCGAGAGGGACGCCUCGAAGGACGGGUCGAAUUUUUGCACUCUCCUCCUGCUGUACCACUUGGAGAAAAUUAUAAACGCGAAGAAUGUGAGCAAGGAGGACGAGUUGAAGAUAAAACUGGAGAACUUAAUCAAUCAGAUUGAGAGGAGGAGUGACGCCCUCCAGAGGGGGGCGCCGAGUGGCAUGGCGAGCAGCAUGGCUAGCGGCGAGUUGAGCGGCAUAGCGAGCGACCCGCCCAACCCAAAAGAGGGGUCCUCUCCCUGGGCCGCUUACACCUUCCUAUCCCCGCACCUCGCCAAGGGCAUUUACAACGUCAGUAUGUUUCUGUACCUGCUGAACAAGUAUGACCGGAGGAGCGGCGCCAACUACUUCGCAAGGCCUAGGGAUGGUGAUGGUGGCGAUGGCGAUGGCGAUGGCGAUGACGACGACGAUACCGAUCGCUAUCACGAUGAGGGGAAGCACUCAGCGGGGGAGAAGCUGAAAGGCGAGUACGUCAACCCGAUGAAUUACCUUAUGGAGAGCAUAUCAAUAUUCACCCUUCUGGUGAAAAAGAACAGGUACGAUUUUGUGGCCUCGAUUUAUUUGGCCCUCUCGUUAUGCCUGGCGUACAAAUUGGAGCUCUGUGUUGAGUUCUCCUCCCACGUCCUCGUAAGGGUUAUCAAUUUGGAGAGCUUUUUAAGGGCCACGGUUUUUACCUAUCGGGGGGGGUUAAACCCUGUGAAGGAGGAACCUUCCAACACGGAAAAGGGAGGCUCCACCUGGCUAUCAAAAUUUAUGAGUCGUGAAAAAGGGAAGAGUGACAGCAGUGACAGGCGUGGAGAUAAGUCUCCCCAUUUUGGUGGAGGGGAUCAUACCGGGGGGAGGGAAGAACACCUCUACAAGUGCAUUAGGGUUAAGAAUUUACUAACCACCCUGAGGAGACUCAAGGGGAUAAUAAAAUAUAUAAUCGGCAUCUGCUAUGUGAAGAAGAAGGAGUGGGGUAUGGCCUCCUUCUGCCUAACCGAAGCUAUCAAACUUGGAAACUCACAAGCGUACUUGGCCAACGGGUGGCUACUCCUGAUGAACUACUUGGGGAAAAUAUCUCUGUGCAACGAUUUUGUGAAAGAAGGGACCCACUGGGGGGUUGCAAAUGGAGGCCUCCUCAAAAUGAAGGAGCAGCAGUUCACCCCUGUGGAGUCACUCCCCCUUCCCCCUGGGUGGGAUAAAGGCGAUCUGAGAAAAGUCCCCAUCAAGGGGAUCAUUAAUUUGACUCUACUACGUUAUUACGAUUAUUUGAGGCGCGGUGUGGGGAAGUAUUCCAAAGGUAUGGAGAGUAUCCUCACGGGGGGGAGCCUCCUCACAGGGGGGGGCUGCUCUCACCACAUCGACAAGAACGACAUAUACGAGCACGACGAAUCGAUCGAGAUGGCGAACAGUGAAAGCGGCUACCUGAAGAGGAACCCCGAGCAGCGUGGGCACAUGCAUGUGCAUCUGUGUGAGAGGAUGAUUUGCCUGUACCUGGAUUUGUGCGAAAUAUGGCUGAUGCAGGGAGACGCCAAAUCUGUAGCCUUCCUAAAAAUGAUGAAGGAGCAGAUACACUUUAGCUAUGUUAAUAAGAAGUGCCUUUCCAAGUACUAUUUCCUCAUCGGCAUGUACCACCAUCACAUCGUGAGGAACACCAGGAGGGCACUCAAGUACUAUCACAAGAGCAUGCAGAUUUAUGGGAACCACGUAAGCCGCUACUACCACACCAUCUGUUUGAUCCACUUGAAGAAGUAUAGCAAAGCCAAGAGGAGCAUUUUGUUUUUUUUCCAGAAAUGUAAAAAUGCCUACUCUGUAAAAUUGUAUGUUUUUUUUUUCCUCCACACGGCAAAUUUGUUUUUAAAUUUUAACCUCCUUUGUGAGGACAGCACUGGCGCCCUUCCCCAUGGGGGGGGGGCCCCUCAAGCAGUCGAGUCGUCCUCUCAUGCCAUUGGCGGUACCACUCAGGGGGAGGAAGGGAAGAAGCUCCACUGUAUAGGCAAGCCAGUGCAUGUUACCAUUCGAAGCAAAUAUAUGAAGAGCAACCAAAGCGACAGCUGCAUGAGAGUUGUCCUGAAAAUGCUGCAACACCUGAUGGACGUCCUCGAAGCACACGCAUUCAUGUUUCACACCGAUUUGGAUGCCAAGCUGAUGAAGGUGAAGAUACGCGAAUUGCUCCUAACCAAGUACAACCACGAGGGGAUGGUGGCCUACCACAAGGAGCUGCACGAAGUGGAAGAAGUUAGGACCUUUUUCAAACGAAGAAAUAAGCCGCGGAAAAUACCCUACGAGUUGAUGAACAAUUAUAUCAUCUCUCUUUUUUUUUGCGAUCAUAAGGAAAGGAGUGUAGAACUGAUGGAGCUGCUGAAGAGGGAGGUCUUCCUCAAGGUGAAGCGCCUCUCCAGCUACUACUCCUAUGCGUUUUGCGGUGGCUCUCCCGGUUUGAGACCUUCACAGGGGGGGACGCUCUCCGCUAAGGGGAACAACGCCCGGAAGCGCAGCGCGGUCUCCCCGGGGAGCACGAAGAAGAGGUCGAAGCGGGGUGGCGGCGGGUCGCCCUGUGAGGAGGUUGCCACAGGGGGGGGGACACCCCGUGAAGAUACCACUGCGGGUGGGGCGGCUCGAGAAGAAGUCACCGCCGAAUGGGCCAAACAAAGGCGAAACCGCUCACACCUCACCGUGCGGCGAAACCGCUCACUCCUCACCGUGCGGCGAAACACACUGAAGCUGCACCACCUGGACGCCAUGCUGCGGCACCACCGAGUUAGGGAGCUCAAGCUGGCCAUGGUGAGUCACGGAGCGAAGCUUCCAAAGCACGUGUACCUAAAAAGGAGCAACCGAGAGAGGUACAGGCAAAUGAUUAACUAUUUGAAGAGGAUCUACCUGACCAUCUCCUUUAACAGUGCCGUCUUGGCAGAGUACCUGGGCUAUAAGGACUCCCCCAUGCAGACCUACAAAUUGUACUCAGAGGUGUACAGCACAUACGAAGGUGCCUUCGUUAGGCUAGCAAAUGUUUACAUACAAAUGAAAAAAUUUUCUAAAGCGAAGGAGGUGAUAGAUAGAGGGUUGCGAUCAAAUCCAGAGUCAGUUAAUCUCCUACUGCAGAAGGCUUACAUACACGUGGCUAGGAAGCACUACGACUAUUGCAUUUACGCCCUGGAGAAGCUAAAGAAAAGGGAACCCUUUCGAGAGGAUGUCUUGGUUAACACGUAUUUGGCGAUUAUAAAAUUUUGUAAACUGAAAAGGGGGAAAAAUAAAGAAGAAAAAAAUCAGCUAGUACACGAAAUUUACUCCCUCAUAAGUUCGCUAGGGAGAAGCAGGAACAACUUCUUCGUGUCUAGCCUCAUAUCAAUUCUGCUCAGCGUUAAUCACAAAUAUGAGAUGUCAAGUGAAGCCUUCCAAUUGUUAAUAGACUCAAAUGAGAAGCUGAGUUUUUACUGCCAGUCGGCGCUACGCAAUUUUGUCCUUCACAUGUUUAAUCACCUGAUGAGAACAAACCAUGAGAUGAAAAAUAAAUUAUUUUUAAAAAAACUGAAUCUCUUUUUUAAUUUAAGUUUAAAGAAUGGCAUAAAUGAUAAGCUCUUCCUCCUCUGCUAUGCAAAUUUUUUACAUUUAAUUGAAAAGUUUGAAGAUGCCAUUGCUCUGCUAUACAGCGCCUACGUUAAGUGGGCGCACGACUUCACCAUUUUGAAUACCCUCAUCAUUUGCAUCGAUUCCUUCGUUUCCAAGUACCUCAGCUCCGAUUACGUGGAGCUGACGGACAUUUUGCUCAUGGGGGACCUGAUCAGCUUCUCCUUCCGCGCCAUCCACACCCUGCUGCGCUUCAAGCGCGUCGCCACCUCGGCGGAGCUCCUCGCCUCGGACGAACAACACAACUACUACAAAGAAGGAGAGCUCAUCGUCGAAAUGAGGAGGAAGGACGUCGAGCAUCUGGCCAGCAGGAAGUACCUAAUCAACACGUUCAGAAAGUUCGAGGAGAAAAUAAAGCCCUACAUUGAGAGCAGCGUGCCCAGCAUGGUCAGGCAGAAAAAACUCUACAAUCAGAAAAAAAUAAAUUUGCAGAAGAAAAUUUAUGAAGACAAAAAGAGGAAGAAAAAUUUGGAAAUGAAAAAGCUGAAGAGUCAGGAGAGCCUGCAUGAGGAACUGCUCAGAGAUGUUAGCGAACUGACGUACCACAUGGCCGAACGGGGCGCCGCGCAGGCAGAGGGGGAAGCUCAGCCGCAGCAGCAGCAGCAGCAGGAGGAGAGGAAGGAGGAGAAUGACCAAGUGGGGGACGACGAAAAGGAGGAUGAUGACGACGAAGAGGAGGAGUUUUCCUUUAAUAGGGGAAGCGCCAACCCGAAUCAGGCAACUGACGAGGAGGAGCAGCAAAAGGAGGAGGGGGAGGAGGAAAACAUCUCCGACGGUGACCCGCAGUACCUGGACGCCUCGUCCAGCAGCUCGGAUCUCUUCGAGGAGAAGAAGCCCAAAAAGAGGAAAAAGGUGAUAGACUAA